ACCGGGGGCGGGGCCGCCAUUACCGGGGCCCCUCCCGCCGUUACUGGGGCGCAUGCGCGGCGGAGGCGCGGCGCUCUCAGGGACCGGCCGGGCCGGGCCGGGCACGGCGCCGCCGCCCUGCAGGGCAGCCCCGCCGCCGCUCCCACCUCCUCCGUCUCUUCCUCCUCCUCGUCGCCGCCGCAGCAGCAGCAGCAGCAGCUGACGCUGUAUGUCAUGCAGCCGGUCGGCGAGGAGGAGGGAGCGGGGGGGGUGGUGCUGCAGCCGAGCGCCGACCCGCAGCUGCCGCCCUCCGCUAGCGGCGGCGUGAUGGUGUUCUACGAGCUGGGGACCACCGGCGAGAUCGAGGUGGUGGAGGAGGAGGCGGAGGCGGCGGGCGGCGAGAGCACGGCCAGCCCGGAGGAGCUGGAGGAGGAGGAGGCGGCGGCGCCGGGGGCCGCGGGCGGCGAGGCGGCGGCGGGCGGCGAGUGCAAGAGCUGCACGUACGAGGGCUGCAGCGAGACCACCACGCAGGUGGUGAAGCAGCGCAAGCCCUGGAUGUGCAAGCGGCACCGCAACAAGAUCUACAAGGACAAGUACAAGCGCAAGAAGAGCGACCAGGCCCUGGGGGGCGGCGGGGCGGCGGCCGCGGGGGGCGGCCCGCGGGCCGAGGAUAGUGUUGAAGGUUCAGCAUCUGUUUCAAAGCAGAGAACAGGAUCCAUUGGAGAUCGCCCAGCAAGACCUACUCUUUUAGAACAAGUAUUGAAUAAAAAGAGGCUGUCCCUACUCAGAAGCCCAGAAGUAGUGCAGUUUCUACAGAAACAACAGCAACUGUUAAGUCAACAAGCUUUGGAGCAAAGGCAGCAGCAGUUUCAAGGAGCACCUGGGUAAUGAGGAAAGAUCAAUGAUCUGCAAAUGAGUCUGGUGCUGAAGGAGGGACAGGAUCUGUAUUUUGUAUAAAUACAAAGAAUCUCAGUGUUUAAACAAAAAUGGAAGUUGCUGUUGUUAUGUUUUUGUUUCUUGUUUGCACUUUUGAGGUUUUGAGCUGCUUGGGUGCCUGCAAACUUCUGAGCAAAUCAUAGAAUGGCCUGGCUUCUGUUAUGUAAGCUUCCCAGUCUGACCAUUCAUGAGACUCUCUGACAUUCACUCUCCCAGUGCCACAGACUUUUUAACUUCUGGGACCAAAGCUCCUUCACUUCAGGUAGCUUCAGUGAUCUGGCAGGUGCCCCACUUGACUCCCUGCACAUCCAGCUUGCAGUCAGACCAGGCUCCCUUACUGGUUUGACCCCAGUCUCAGACACCUUGUUCUAUAAAGCAAUUUAUUAACAGUGUAAUAACACAGAAACUGCCUAGGCUGGUGCCUCAGAGGAGGGAUCUCAGACAAAGGAACUCCUGGGCUUUUAUACCAUCACAGUCUAAGGCAAGCCUUGCUCUUCUUCCUGAGUCUUCCAUUCCUGCCAUGGCCCUGCAUCCAUUCACCUGGCUAGCUACUCAUCUUCAUGCCUUUUGUUAUGCAAAGAGCUACCUGCACCAGAUGUAUUCCUAAACAGUUCGAAGAUGAUCAAGUUCCAACUCCCCUGCUGUGAAUAGGGACACCUUUCAUAAGACCAAGUUGCUCAGAGCUCCAUCCACCCUGGCCUUGAACGCUUUCCAGGGAGGGGGUAUAUGUACCCAGCUUUUCUAAGCAACCUGUUCCAGUGCCUGACUACCCUCACAGGAAAGAAUUUCUUCCUAAUAUCUAAUUUAAACCUGCUCUCUUUCAGUGUGAAUCUGUUCCCCUUAUCUUCUCCCUACACACCCUUGUAAAAAGUCCCUCUCCCUUCUUUCCUCUAGGCUCCCUUCAGGUAUUAUUUUCCCAUCUCAAGAGCAUCCUCACCCCUCCAGAUAUCCAAAAUCAGGCCAUGACUUGGGCUAGGUUCCAUCAAGAAGGGUGCUCAGAACAGGAGAAGCAGCACACUUAAUUGUUGGGCACCAACAUUGCCCCUGUGCCUCCCACUCUCCUUAUUCCUCACAAAAUUCAUGCUUCAUCAGUUAAUGUCAUUUUUGCUGCUUUACUUUUGCAACAUACAACUUACACCACAAAUUAUUUUCCCCCCAAGGUUAAAUUUCCUUGGAGCACACACCAGGUCUCCCCAUCCUUCUGCAUUACCCACCAAGUAUACCCAGGCAUUUGGCAAAGACAAUCCCAUAAAUGGGUUUACCUUCUCUUAUAGGGAGAUGAAUCCACUCUGAAUUUCCCAGCCACUUCCCAUGUAUAGUACGGGGACCUAAUCUUCCCCAGUGUGUGGGGGUUUUGUGUGGGCAGGACCAGGGAGGUUCACAAAUCCCAUAGUGUUAAUGAGCCAAGUGGCUUCUGUUAAACUUGCAUCCCAAUCCUUCCAUUCCCCAUUGUAUAACAUUCAAAACAGUCUUCAGCAGUCUGUUAUAUCACACAGUCUUUCCAGAGGCUUAUGAGUGAUCAGGGAUGUGAUGUCCACUCAGUGCUGUGUUUUCUUGCCCAAGAGUUUAUGAGGUUAUUUUGAAAGUGAGUCCCAUUGUCUGAUUCGAUUCUCUCUGGAGUACCAUGUUGCCACAAAAUGUGUCUCUCAAGACCUGAGAUGGUGUCUUGAGCAGUGGCAAUAAUUUAUAGGGUAUGCUGCCAGCCAGUUGUUGCCUCUACCAUGAUGAGUAUGUAGCUCUUGCCUUGGUGUGUUUAUGGCAAUGGUUCAGUUUGCCAGGCCUUACCAUACUGGAAACCCACCUGCUGCUCUCUGUUCCAGGGAAAGUUUAUUUCAGUGAUUUGGUUGAUUGCAGCAUAUGCUUCUUAUUCAUGAAUGAUCUGUGCAAUGGUCAGGUCCAUCCCUUGAUGAGCCCAUCUGUCUGUUGCAGCUGAUGUUUCAUGGCCCCAUCAGGUUAUAAAUAGCUCACCCUUCCACUCCCAGUCCGAGUGUACCUAAGUUAAUUCAGUUUUGGCAGCCUUAUCUACCUGUUCAGUGUUUUGAUGUUCUUCAGUUGAUGCCUAGAGGAGCUGGAACAGAGGCUAGACAGAGUUAAGAGGAAUAAAAUGGAUAUUUAUUGAAAGGCCUUCAUAGUCGUGGCCCUGCCCAGAUGGUUCCAAGAUGGAAGCAAAAGAGAGCUUUGUCACAAGAUCUCACAUUUUUAUAGGUUUUAGUCCAUUGGCAUGCAGGAGUCAACUGUCCAAUUAAUAGCCUCAAAUCAUGAAGUUUCAUCCUCCUUGCUUGCUUGCUUGCCCACCUUCCUCUUUUCACUUUGUUUAUGCUUAGGGCCUGAAGUUUGAAGAGAUUGUCCUUUAGUCCCCAGCUGGAAUAGGACUAUUUUGUCUUCACCACCCUGUGAAAAGAUCCUAGUAACCCUUAAUAUAAAACUAAAAGCUGCACACCAAACCAGAACAGAAAAACUUAAAACUUAAGGCACCACAGUGGCAUGUUUUUUGGGCAUGUGAACAUCUACCUGAUGUACCUUUGCAGUCAUGUUUUGGGCCUGUGCACUGAUGUCCUGCCCAAGUGCAGGUGUAGUCCAUCCCAGAUAGGUUUAUCCCUGCGAUGCCAAUUGGUCUUCUUCCAUUUUUGCAGCCACCUCCACAAGACAUGAGCCACCAUCCAGGAGUCAGAAUAGAGACAGGUCACUUUCCUUGGUCAACAGUCUCUGAGGCUAGCUAGUUUGGAUGGCUUUUGCCUCUGCAAACUGGCUUGACUUGCCUUCUCUCCUUCAGCAGCCUCAAUGAUUUGUCCAGCUCUGGUGGACAAAUUAAUAUUUAAUUUGUUAAUAAAAAUUUGUUUGUGGUAGCAGUGUUUAGCUGUGCACCCUUUUCCUACCAAAGUUAUAAUAAAUUGACAUUUUUCUAUAUAAACAUUUACAGUUAAAGUCAGUCUUUGAUGACAAUCAUUGAUGGAAGUCAGUUACUUUCCGUGGACACUGUGAAACAAAGUUCUGAAGUUGAGUCAGUCCAGUGGCAUUACCUAACAGCAAUUGCUCAGGGAUAUGAGAAAUUUAUGUCCUGUAGAAUCUUGCACUAAAGAAGUCAUCAAGACAAUCAUUGACAUCAAGAAGUCAAUCCAGCAGUUCAGAAAAGUACAAGUUCAUCUGUUCAUUAUCUGCAAGCUGAGUAGGUUUGAAAUGCUUCAUUGUGCAUAGCAUGUAAAAGAAUUUGCAUUUAAAAGUUCUUAAAGUGAUAAAUGGCAAAAAGCUUUAAAAAGUAUUAGGUGAAAAGUAUGAAACUGGAAGUUGGACAUUGUUACAUGGAGUUAAUUGAAAUUUCUAAUUUCUUAUAUGUGAAAUAUAACUUAAUUACCGAUUAGAAUACCACUAAUCUUUAAGUGUUUAAAUUAAAUUUUAAAGCUUUUACCUCAUAAUAGUAAGUAAUUCAAAAUCUAGUCUUUUUCUUCUCAAAAAGGUGUAGUUACAAUUCUUUUAUUAAGACAACAGAUCUUUAAUCAGCUGCAGUGCUAAACUUCACAGGUUUUCAGCCAAUUAAAAUGAACUUGCAAUUGACUGGGUUAAGAAUCCAAACAUUGUAUUAUGUAAGUGUUAAAUCCCAUGUUUUAUUUGUAAAAACAGUUUUGUAUUAAGCCACACUUCUGAACAAAGGUUUAUCCAAAUGGGUUAGGUGCUUAUUAUCAAGGACUACUUUUAUAUUGUAGCAGUAUGAGCCACUAAAUAAUAUCUCUUUCAGCAGUAUUUGUUAGUCUUAGGGAUUUUUACAAGCUCUGCUUUUUGUAUGUACAAAACUUGUUCUGUAGGGAUUUACUGUAUUUAGCAUUGUGCAAAUUGUUCUUUAAAAAGGAACUUGAAAAACUUUGUACAAACAGUUCUGGACCAAUAAGUGAGUAAAAUAUUUGGUUUUUCUUUUAGAAAAAGUCUGUUCUUUUUUGUUUUGUUAAAUUUGUAUGGGUUUUUCUUCCUGUGCUAAAAUAGCCAGUUUUGACUAGGUGGCAUUUUGCUUUUCAAAGUCUUGUUAUAGAAAGUUAUUUUAGAUUUAAGCAAAAUCAAGUUACUUUUUAGUAUAUAAGAAUAUAUGUGAAAACAUAAUUGGGAAAAUUUGUAGAAUAAUGUAUUUGAUUUUGUUUGAAAUGGUCAACUUAUAAAAGAUGAACAGCUCAUUUGUGAGGAGAAAUAUGAUUAAACUUUUAAAAGACCCAAACCAUCAGGGCAGAAAAUGGGCACAGGGCAUGUUUGUUAAGACAGUGCUGAACAAGUUGUUUAUGUCAAAACAAAGGGAAGUUGCUGAAGCUGUGCACAGGCAUGUUCAGUACCUAUUCUGUAUUUUGGUAGUCUGUGAUAGCAGCACCAUCAGGCUGGUGCAGACGCUGGGAGAUGUGCUGGUAGCAGCGUGCUCCUGUUUGGGCAGAAGAUUGGAUGGGAUUCCCAAGCCAGCACUGUCUGCAUAACUCUGAGGUCCUUUAUGUUGUCUACUCCCUUUUGGAAUUGCAGAAUAAAUCUGAAUUUUAGGAAGAUGAAAACAUGA